AUGGCGCUGAGGACGAUGUCUGAAGUCAGAAAGCUAGGCUAUCAUUUCUUUCCGACGAUAGACGUGAUCCUGAUGUACCUGAAGGAAAAAGCAACCGGAAAUCCAUUCCCGGCACUGUGUCCGAUCGUCGAAAAGGAUCUCUACGGCGAUCAUGCAACCCCAUGGGUUAUAUUGAAAGAAGAUAAGGAUGAUGCCAAUAAUCCUUGGGAUAGCGAGGUCGCUGAUAAGUAUUUUCCCAACCUUCCUGAUCCUCGUCUUGACAGCAGAGUUAUUUACGUCAUCACGCGGGUUCCCAAUGCCGCCGCCGGAAACGGCGGAAAUAAUAACAACAACAAGGUCAUGGCUGCUGGUUGCGGAGCUUGGCAUGAGACGAGUCAACCAAAAUUUGUUAAGAACAAGGAUGGCGUCAUCAUCGGAACCAUGAGAACCCUAGAAUUUAAGUCGGGAUCUGCCGAAACGACGACCGUUGAUCGGUGGGUUAUGGAGGAGUAUGGACUUGCCGGCGUUUUGCUUUCCCCCGGAGUUAGUACGGAUUAUGUUAUUUGUGAAAUUACAAAAUCCACACCCAAGAAAGCCGAGGGUGGCGGUUCACCUCCUUUUUCCAGAAGUAAAUUAUAAGGCAUUAAGGCCCAUCUCCACGCUACUUCCUCAGUC